AUGGAGGGUCCUGGUGAAACGGCACCAAGCGUGGCUCGCUGUGUAGAUGUCCACGGAGAUGAAAUUACAGAUUUUGAUGCUGAACAACUGUCGGAAAUGGACAUGAUGCUUUACUCUGGGCAUCUGGCUUUAGGAGAUUUGGUUCUUACGUCAAGCUUUGGGGAGGAAGUGGAGUACCGCGUUGCUGUUGGGACUCGUCAUGGAUCUCAGAUUGUUCUGGAAAAGAUCAAAAAAUCUCCUACGCUAUCGAAAAGCAAAGGUCGGUCAGCUUGUAACUUUCUGUUAUCGUCAAGCGAAACCAUUUCUUUAGAUUUGAAAUUUGUCUUGAGAAUUUUUCAUAAUAUUGUUUUCCUAAAAUAAUU